UGAGCCGGCCCAGGAUGGACUUUGGCCCCUGUGUUUGCGGAUCUGUCCCUGGGCUGUGGUCAGAAUGGCGGGCUGCGUCCAGCUGCUCCUGGUCCUCCUGUCUCUCCUGGUCCUCCACCCCGCGGAGCCCUCAGUCUUUCUUUCUGCCUCAAAAGCAAACGAAGUUCUGAUAAGAUGGAAGCGUGCUGGCUCCUACCUUUUGGAAGAGCUCUUGCAGGGAAAUUUGGAAAGAGAAUGUUAUGAGGAGAUUUGUGCCUAUGAAGAGGCAAGAGAAGUAUUUGAAAAUGAUGCGAUCACUAAUGACUUUUGGAAAACGUAUAGGGGUGGCUCCCCGUGCCUCUCCCAGCCCUGCCUCAACAACGGGUCGUGCCAUGACAACAUCCACAGCUACACCUGCACUUGCUCCUCAGGCUACGAGGGCAGGGACUGCGCCUUUGCUAAAAAUGAGUGUCACCCAUUGAGGACUAAUGGAUGUCAGCACUUUUGCCAGCCGGGAGAGAACUCCUACGUGUGCAGCUGUGCAAAUGGGUAUAAACUGGGCCAAGACCACAAGUCCUGCAUCCCACACGACAAAUGUGCGUGUGGAGCCCUGAACUCUGCGUACAUCGUGACAACGCAGAAAAGCAAGUGGGAUUGUCAGAUUUUCCCGUGGCAGGUGAAACUAACAGAUCCCACAGGAGAAGACUUCUGUGGUGGCGUUAUAAUACAGGAAAAGUUUGUGCUGACAACAGCUAGGUGUUCGCUGCUGCACAGAAACAUCAGUGUGAAAACAAAUUUUCAUAGGACCAGCAAGGACCCACUGAUGAUAAAGGUGAAGAGCAUCAACGUGCACAUGAGGUAUGAGGAAGAGACGGGGGACAAUGACAUUUCGCUUUUGGAGCUGGAGCUGCCCGUCCAGUGCCCAGACAUGGGGCUCCCCAUCUGUAUGCCCGAGAGCGACUUUGCAGAGGGCGACCUCAUCCCCAGGACACAGGGCCUCCUCAUUGGCUGGACUCUCAAUGGCUCUGAGCUGGGCAAUGAUGUGAUGCAGCUGCCAGUCACGCACAUGGACAGUGAGGAGUGUGGCAGAGCCCUCAAUGUGACAGUCACGACGAGGACAUACUGCGAGAGAGGAGCAGAGGCCGGAGGGGUGCAGUGGGCAGAGGGCAGCGUGGUCGCCAGAAAACACAAGGGCACCUGGUUUCUGACAGGGAUUCUGUGCUCAGCACCCACAGAAGAGGAUGCACAGGAGUUUCUUCUCACCAAGGUUUCAAGAUAUUCACUCUGGCUUAGACAAAGCAUGAAGUAAAUCCAGCUAAUCAGAAAGAACACAAUACAUGGUGGGAUUGCCCAAGUUAACUGCAAGCAUGGAGUUGAAAUUUCACAGCAAAACGGUGUGACUGCCUCAGCACAACUGCGUCUACACACCAUUGAUCACUGCUUACGACUGGGACUUUCAGCUGGUGCCCCACAGGGAUUUUUAGAGCAUGCAGUACCUGACUGUUUGGUCAGGAGCACUGACUUCUUUCCGCUUAAGAUUGUUAAAUAAAAAAAUGUCAUCAGCAACACAACAAUA